AUGAAGCUCUUGUUUUUCGUCUCAAUAUUAGUCAUUGGACACAUAGGGGCGUCUAAUUUGGAUCUGCCACCGAAAAUAUUUUACGAUUUAAAUAACUCAGAGGAUCUUUUCGAGAAAUAUGUGAUUGAAUAUAACAAACAUUAUAACGAAGAAGAAUAUCGGGCGCAUUAUGAAAUAUUUAAAGAGAAUUUAGAAAAAAUCAAUGAACUCAAUAAAAAUAGUGAUUCAACUGUAUAUGACAUUAAUCAAUUUACCGAUCUCAAGUUUGAAGAAGUUGAAAGUAAUUAUAUGGGAAUGAGUGCAAACAUUGACGUCACGAAUGUUAAGAUUUACGAACCUAAAGGUGCCAUCGAGGGUUGGGUGGCCAGGCUCUAUGGAAAACUGAUUUCUUUAUCAGAACAAGAAGCAUUAGAUUGUGAUGAUGGUCACGAUGGUUGUAAAUCAGGUGGCCUUCCGGUGAAUGCCAUGAAAGUUCUUAGUGAACAAGGAGGAUGUAUGACAGAAGUAGACUAUCCAUAUGAACAGAAAAAGAGACAAUGCCGUACAAACAGCUCAAGGAUUGUAGCGAAAAUUUCUGGAGGGUUACAAAUACAUGUAAAAGAUGAAAAUGAGUUAAAAGACGCUUUGGCCAAUUAUGGCCCAUUAUCUAUUGGAUUAAUUGUAGGUGAGGACUUUGGUGCUUAUAGAGGAGGUAUAUUCAGAGGUAGCUGUAAAGGAAAGGGGCGUCAUGCUGUGUUGCUUGUAGGUUACGAUUCGGUUAAUGGUGAAGAAUAUUGGAUCAUAAAGAAUUCGUGGUCCACUCGCUGGGGAGAGAAAGGCUACAUGCGUAUGAAGUAUGGAAAAUCACUUUGUCGUAUCGGAAGUUAUGUUGCUGUAGCUGUAUAA